AUGAACAUCAGACGUGCUGCGGUAUCAUUUACAGGUGGAAAAGACUGUACUCUGUGUCUUCAUCGAGCUCUUAAAGAUGAAACAAUAUCGGUUGUCUUGCUAGUAACUUUUGCACCUGUCAAUUCCAAACCAUUCUUAGCUCAUCCAAUGCAUUUAAUUGAAGCUCAAUCUGAAGCGUUAGGAAUUCUACAUAAAGUCAUUCUUGUUGAAGCACCUUUUCUAAGUAGUUACCAGCAAAGAAUUAGAGAACUGUGGGAUGAGUAUAAAAUCGAAUUACUUUUUACAGGUGAUAUUCUUGACGUUUGUAAUAAUUUCAUGGUUCAUGCUACUGAAGGGUCUGGAGUUGAAUUAGUGAGACCAUUAUGGGGAAUUCCACGAAAUGAAUUAAUGCAAGAAUUAGUUAAUGAAGGAUUUGAUAUAGUCGUAUCCUGUGUAAAUAUUGACAAAAUAGAUCAAUCAGUAGCAAAUGAUUUAAUUGGAAAAUCUUAUUUCUAUGUCUAUGAAAAGAUCAAAGAGAUAAAUGGUAUUGAUCGGGCUGGAGAAGCCGGAGAGUUUCAUACAAUGAUUUUAAAUGCACCUCGUUUUAAUAAGCGUAUACAAGUUAAAGGGAAUGUUCAAACUGAUGAUACUGGUCAUUAUUUGUAUUUUAACUUUAACCAUGUUCAACUCAUUGCCAAAUAA